GCGCGCGCGCGCCCCCGCGGAACUCCCGCCGGCGGCUGGGUUCUCCCGGAGGCGCGCCGGAUCGCGGCGGCCGCCAACAUGGCCGAGACGAGCGAGGAGGUGGCGGUGCUGGUGCAGAGGGUGGUGAAGGACAUCACCAACGCCUUCCGCAGGAACCCGCACAUGAAAGAGCUCAUCCUUUCUGGCACUCUAAGUCCAAUUAAGGAUCUGCAUCUGGGAAAACUGGCCUUAACUAAGUUUCCUAAGAGUCCAGAGACAUGGAUUCACAGGCGCUGGGUGCUGCAGCAGUUAAGUCAGGAAACUUCCUCGCCUUCUUCUGUGGCCAAAGGAAACUUAGGAACAGUUCCUGCAGAAAGGACCCAGCGAAUAAUACAGGAAGAGAUGGAAGUCUGUGGUGAGGCAGCAGGAAGAUACCCCAGCAACUAUAAUGCCUGGUCCCAUCGCAUCUGGGUUUUACAGAAUGUGGCCAAGCUGGAUCUCAAGACCCUUCUUGAUGAGCUGUCUUCUACUAAACACUGGGCGUCCAUGCAUGUCUCAGACCACAGUGGAUUUCACUAUCGCCAGUUUCUGUUAAAGUCUUUGAUCAACCAGGCUGCGAUGGACUCUUCUGUACUGCAGCAAAACUCUUGGACAAAUGAGCCAAAAGAUGAAGAAGCAACAGCUUCAACAGAGGAACCGAGGGUCCAUCUUACCCAGCUCCUAGAAGAAGAAGUAGACUUCUGCACAGAUCUUAUUGAUUCCUAUCCAGGACACGAAACCCUCUGGUGUCAUAGGCGGCAUGUUUUCUACCUUCAACAUCACUUAAAUGGCAGGUUUCCUCCCAGUGUGACUUGCCUAUCACCUGCAGACUGCUCUGGGGGGACUUUGAAUGACUUGCACCUGAUUGCAGCAAGCCCUCAACUGUCUCAGGCAAUGGAAGUGGAUGGACUGAAUGACUCCAGCAAACAAGGCUAUUCCCAGGAGACCAAGCGCCUGAAACGGACCCCAGCUCCAGACUCUCUAGGCCUAGAGAUGGAGCACAGGUUUAUUGAUCAAGUAUUAUCCACUUGUCGGAAUGUAGAGCAAGCCCGGUAUGCCAGUGCGUACAGGAAAUGGCUGGUGACUUUGAGUCAGUGAAAGGGGUGGAUCCAUCCUAAGGCUUUGCCCUUUAGUGCAAUAUUGCUUUCCUUUCUCAAUGCCAUAGUUGCAUGGACUGACUGGCUAACUAUGUAUCCUUCAUCUAGAGCUUAAAAGUCUGUGAGAAACCUUUUGUUUUAUUUAUUUUGUUAAGCCGGCAUUCCUUUGGGUACAGAAUAACUGUAUAGUUCCUCCUUGCUACAUAAUGAGUCUUAAUUUUUUUUUUCCUGUUUGAUUCCAUGCCCUUUCUAUUUCAGUAUUUCAUGUGGUUCUUGAGAUUGGUUCGCACACCUUUACUCCCCUCACUUCCGUUGCUACAUAAACAGUUUCAUUAGAAAUUGACAAUUUAAGUUGCAGUUCAGCUCAAGAAUAUUAGUACAUGUGCAGAAGGACCUGAUCCAAUUGCAG